CUUGCAAGCCGCGUGCCCAGUGUAGCACAGGUUGCAAUGUGUCACGAUAAAUUUGCAUCAGAUGACUGACUAAAUUGCAUCGUCAAUACACUUUUCACAUUGAAUGUCUCCUGUGAGUGCAGUACAAAAAUCUUGUUCCUCCUUUUCCAUGGUCUUAUCUCUUAAUAUAAUUUCAGCUACUUUUUCACUGUGACAGGUAGUAAAAUGGAUGGAGAAAUGUUUCUUGAUUUGAGACGGGCUGACUUACAAGAUCUUUUUCCAAGCGUGGAGGAAUUUUCUUUUAGAAAGAAAAUUUUUGACUUUUUGGAAGAUGUGGUAAGAUUGCACAACAUAAAUCAGGAGAGUUCUGCCAUCCCUGUAAGAAAAGGAGAAUCAGCAGGAGCAUCAAAUAAGAAAUCAGGAGCCACUACCAUCCCUGUAAGAAAAGGAGAAUCAGCAGGAGCAUCACAUACAGAUUUCAGCAAACAAGAAUCAGAAUCUUUUAAUUUCGAAUCAUGGGUUUCGAAACAAAUCCAGAGGUGUGAUGAAAUCGUAAUAUCGAGUCAGGAGGACAUUGUCGACUCAGACAAAACAUAUGAUUCUGACGAAACAUAUGAUACUGAAGUCGAGCAAGCAUGCAGUAUAUCCAUUUUGGAUGACACCAAGUUUCCACCAGCAGCUGCACCAACAACCUCUUCAUCCCCAAAGGAUAAAGUUUACGAAACGUUCAAAUUUCCCAUACCACCAGAACUCCAAAGAAGUAAAGGCAAGCCUGCUGAGAACAUAGUGCACAAGUUCAUCAGAGACUGUGUGGCCUGUCUUCAAGCUUUAUAUGGGAACAACACACUGGACGCAUCAGUAUUAACAGCUGCGGCAACAAAAAUUUGUGACUGUGUCCCCAUCCUGAAGGACAAAAGGCCACCAUCAUUCUACAAUGAUAAGAACUUUCCAUACUGGGUUAAGUAA